AUGGAGGGAGCUUUCCAAAAUAACCUGGUCGCCUUGAAAGACCAGGACAAAGUAUGCAAGGCACUCGGCAUUAAAUUCAUCACCUCACCAGAGAUUGUCUAUCUAGCACGAAAUGCCGGCUUCCAAGCACUUUUCAUUGAUCUUGAGCAUUCGAGUCUUUCACUGGAAACUGCAGGUCAUCUAUGUGUGGCUGGCAUGAAUGCCGGUGUCACACCUUUUGUUCGAGUUCCAGGACGUGCAGAAGCCGGCUUCAUACAGCGCGUAUUGGAUAAUGGGUCUCAGGGUGUUGUCUUUCCACAUGUGGAUACUCCUGAACAAGCACAGAUGGCAGUGAGAGCUAGCAAAUAUCCACCACUGGGCAAGCGCUCUAUCACGGCAAUGAUGCCUCAUUACGGUUAUAGAACAGCACCGAUUGCCGCCGUUACUGAAGUCGGAAACUCUCAGCUCUCGACAGUGAUAGUGAUGAUUGAGAGUCCCGAAGCAGUCGAGAACAUUGACGCCAUUGCAUCGACUCAGGGUGUCGACGUGAUCCUAAUUGGCACGAACGACUUGUCCAUAGAACUCGACUGCCCUGGUGAUUUUGACAAUCCAAACUUCAUUGAGGCAAUUGAGAAGGUUGCCGCCUCUACCCGGAAGCAUAACAGAAUACUAGGAGUGGCUGGCAUAUACGACCGUCCCGACCUCAUGCAUAGAUUCCUCCACGAGUGGGGCACACGUUUCGUGCUGGGAGUAAUGGAUUUGUCUCUUAUUGCUAAAACUGCUGCGGGUGUAGCUACAGAACUCACAGAUCUGGAAGAACCCAAGGAUUAUGCCACAAUGACGACAAUUGGAAGCUGA